CUCCCUCAGACCCAUUGCUUUCCGGGGCCAAGAGAGAGCGAGCGAGCGCCUUAAAGAAGAAGAAGAGCAGUUCAGAGCGAUUGGAGUUUUGGUUAUGGUGGAAAAUCCGACAGUAAUUUGUUCUUCUCUCUCUUCUUCAUCUGUGGGCGGGGAUAUUUUGGUCAAAAAAGGCGGCUUCAAAUGCCGGAAUAACUCUCACUUGAACGGCCUUGGCCGGAGUUGCCUUGGCCACCGCCACUUAGAUUAAGACCUCAAAACUUCUAUAUUCUCAAGCCCUAAACAGAGAUUUUCUGAUGAAGGCUCUGCGGAGGAGUCAAACUUCGUCUUCUACUUCAAUUUCAUCUCCGUCUUCAUCGUCUUCCCCAUCCUCCUCCUCGUCGUGGAUUCAUUUGAGAUCAGUUUUACUCGUAGUAGCGUCCUCUUCUUCAACAUCUUCUUAUUCUUCUUCCUCUGAUCGGAGCCAUCUAAAGUCACCAUGGUCGCGAAGGAAGAGAAAAACCCCUCUGUCUCCUCUGCAAUGGAGAAGCUUGUUUACUCCAGAUGGGAAACUCCGUGAUGGUGGUUCAAAAUUUUUGAAGAAAGUUCGAAGUGCAGGUAUUGAUCCUUCUCUGAGAGCAGAGGUGUGGCCAUUCCUCCUAGGAGUAUAUGACUUGAACAGUUCCAAAGAAGAACGAGAGACUUUGCGGUCCAAAAAGAGAAAAGAAUAUGAAAAACUUAGGAGACGGUGUCAAAAGCUUCUAAAAGUUGGCAAAGAAAGCAACAAUGGAGAUUCUCCCUGUUUCAAUCAAGAAACAGAUUCUCCUUAUUCAGACACGGUUAGCGCCAGGGAAUCUGUUUCAAGUGUAGAAAAGAUUCAAUAUCUGGAAGGAGAUUCUUGUUCAAGAUGCAACAAUAAUACAGACUCCGAUUCUUCAGUCUCGGACUCCUCUGACGACAUAGGACUGAAGAACACGUUUCUUUUCAUUGAAUUCCAGGAAGAUGAACACUAUCCUUGUAAUAGUAACGAAGACUUCUCUACUUGGCAACGAAUCAUCCGACUGGAUGCAAUUCGAGCCAACGAAGACGGAAUUACAUACUCUCCCGAAAGGGCGAACGUAUCUCCCGAAAGCGCAAACGUAGCAGCCGAGACAGUGGGACUGAAGGACUAUAACCACCUGGAGCCACGUCGAAUCUUUCAGGCCGCCAGGCUAACCGCCAUCCUGGAGGCGUACGCGCUUUACGACGGGGAAAUCGGUUACUGCCAGGGGAUGAGCGAUUUACUCUCCCCGAUAAUUGGCGUGAUCGAGGACGAUCACGACGCGUUCUGGUGCUUCGUGGGGUUCAUGAGGAAAGCGCGACACAAUUACAGGCUAGACGAGGUGGGGAUCCGAAGACAGCUGAACAUAGUAUCCACGAUCAUAAAACGUAAAGAUUCGCAUCUUUAUAAACACUUGGAGAAGCUAGAGGCAGAGGAUUGCUUUUUCGUGUACAGGAUGGUUUUGGUUUUGUUUAGGAGGGAACUGACGUUUGAACAGACUAUAUGCCUUUGGGAGGUAAUGUGGGCCGACCAGGCGGCGAUAAGGGCGGGGAUUGGCGAAUCGGCUUGGAGUAGGAUAAGACAGCGAGCCCCGCCGACGGACGAUCUAUUGUUAUAUGCCAUUGCGGCUUCGGUGCUGCAGAGGAGGAAGCAGAUAAUAGAGAGGUAUAUGAGUAUGGAUGAGAUAAUAAGGGAGUGUAAUAGUAUGGCUGGGCAUCUUGAUGUUUGGAAGCUUCUUGAUGAUGCUCAUGAUCUUGUUGUGACCCUUCAUGAUAAGAUAGAAGAAGACAUGACUAAUGGUUUAUGUAAGUAGUUUGUUUGGUUGAUCAUCAAAUCAAAUGUAAUGUCUUUCAAAUAAUUCAAACCUUCAAAAUUGGAGUGCUUGCAAAAAAGCCACAAGUAAAAUCUCACCCAAAGUUGUUGACAUUCAUCACAAAUGAAAGUCAAAAUGGUUUUUCUUUUUCUUUUUUUAAAGUUUUAUGAAGAUAGUACU